GAACAUUGUUAUGACCCACAAACAGUCGCACAAAAAUCUCUCACCUCGACCAAAACAUGGCUCUCCUUCUCACUUCACCCCCAUUUCUCCUCUCCAAAAACACUAACCCUAACCCUACUCUUCGCUCAUUCCCCCUCAAACCCCACUCUCUCUCUUUCUCUGUCAUCCCCAAAACCACCACUGCUGCCGCCGCCAACCGCCGAUUCUCCACCACCGUCUGCUUCUCCUCCUCCACCUUCUCCGGCGACUCCCCCGACGAUAAACCGGAAGAUGUGCCGGCGGGAGUUGUAGACGAGUGGGGGGAGAAGUCUGAGCCAGAGACCGAGCCUUCGACGAAGUUAUCGGACUCGGAUCCACCGAAGGAUGAGGAUGAGUGGUCUGGGGUUAGUGCUGGGGACGACUAUGUUACCUCCGGCAAUGGAAGUGCUCCAGCGGCUGCGGCGGCGGACGAGGAGGAUAGUGGAGGUGAUGAUAAGAUGAUGGAGCUGAAGAGGAGUUUGGUGGAUACGGUUUACGGGACGAAUUUGGGGUAUGGGGCUACGUCGGAGGUGAGGGCGGAGGUGGCGGAGUUGGUUUGUCAGCUGGAGGCGGCGAAUCCUACUCCAGCGCCGACGGAGGCCGUGGGGGUUCUUGAUGGGAAGUGGGUUUUGUUGUACACUGCAUUUUCCGAGCUGUUGCCUCUUCUGGCAGCAGGCACCACUCCUUUGUUGAAGGUUGAAAGGAUUUGCCAAGUAAUUAACACUAGAAGCCUUGAGAUAGAGAACUCUAUCACAUUCUCCAGUCCUUUUGCCACUUUUUCCUCCAGUGCCAUUGCCAGCUUUGAAGUUCGAACUCCUUCAAGAAUACAGGUUGAAUUUAAGGAAGGGAUCGUGCAGCCCCCAGAGGUCAAGUCGAGCAUUGAUUUGCCAGGAUAUCUUGAUAUUUUUGGGCAGAGAAUCGACUUGUCUCCUGUGCAGCAAGCUCUUAAUCCUCUGCAAGAGGUGGUGGCGAAUGUAGCUCGUACUAUUUCUGGUCAGUCUCCUCUUAAGGUUCCCAUUCCAGGCGAGCGAACAAAAUCGUGGCUUCUUACUACAUACCUUGACAAGGAUCUUCGCAUCUCAAGAGGAGAUGGUGGCCUUUUUGUGCUUGCUAAAGAAGGGAGUCCUCUUCUAUAUCAGUAACCGACGGAUUGUGAUUUCUAAAAUAGGUCUCACAAAAAGCAUUUCCCAAACGAGGCGGAAAAUGUUGUUUGUAUAAGCGGACUACUCAAGUCUGAAAAUGAUGCUUCUUUGUAAUCUUUGUGAAGGUUCCUAGGACUCAUUAUUGAAGGCGUAUAUUUUUUUUUUGCCUACUGAUUUGAGUUAGUCAGUAUCUAUAAGGUUCGUACCUCAAAGGGCGAAUCAAUUAAAAUUUAGGUUACUUUCACGGGUUUUCCUCGAUAAUUUGGAUAAAUACAGUGCUCGAUUAGUCUGGGAUAAUUAAUUAAUUA